CAUCUUCCCCCGGCAGACUGAUACACUCUGAUAGAGCCUGGACGAGAGGGAUACGGGAAACAUUCUGGGGAUCCCGGUGUCAUUUGGUGGCAGAGACGAUUGUAAGACGCCGGGGCAACCGGUGUCAGUCGGGAGGAAAGAUAUCUGAAGGACCGAUCGGAAUUUCUGCACCAGAGCUGACUGAGGAAUCUUUUAACGCCAGGCAGAAGGCUCUAAUACAAAGAACGGAAAACAGUGAGCUAAGAGCGGGGAUUAAUAUCGAAAUAUGAACCGUAUGUAACCUAGGAAACAGCUAAAGUCCAGAAGAUAUGCGGUAUAAAUCAGCAUGUAGUCGUUCCAGUGCGGCAGGUGUACAGCAUCACCGGUACAUGUAAACAAACAGCUAUUCAAGCUAGUUGAAGUUAGCCGAUUGGGGGUUAGCUUUCCACCGCUAGUGCACACAGCUAACGUACGGUAGCUGUGUCCGAGCGAAGGUAAACCCAAGUGAACAAGCCUGUCGUCGCGUUCAAAACCAAAUUUAACCUCAAUAUAGUCGUCUGCAGCCGAUGACAGCUGCCUGUAUCGUCUCAGUAUGCAUUUAUUAGCAUAAUUAGCCUCUCAAGCUAACGUCGGCUAAAUGUUAUUCGCAUUAUUAGCAGCCCAGCACAAUAACAUCAAACUAGCACACUAAAUGUAGAACAAAGACGAUAUUUGGCAGUAGUACGUGUGUGUUUGACGUCGUGUGAAAUAUUCUGCUGUCACAUAUUAAACUCUUCGUGGAUUGGUACAUUAAUGCUACACUUUAGACACCCAGUGUGGUCCAGUUGAUUGGCUGAAAAGGGUAGGACGACGGGGUGAAGGAAAACAACUUAAUGACUUCUUAAAGAUUUAAUCGCAUCGCUGCCCCUAGCCAGCGUGGUGGCACGACUGUGUAGUUUAUUUUGGUUGUAUGGUGGGUGUAAUUUUUCAGUUUUGAGUCGCUGUGUGUUUAUAAACUACUCUUAGCUGGUGUGUUUGGCUGGUUUGUCCUCUCAGCGGCAGCAGUCGGCAGUAGUACAGUCAAACAGGCGACAGGACCUUCUGUUCACAGUAAUAUGCUGUAAGGGGAGCCACAGCUCAGCCAGGCGGCAUGGAGUGGACUGAUAAAUAGACCUAAAUGACUAGUAGUUUGGGUUGUAUAUAGUAGGAGAAAACACCGGUAAAACAUAUCAGAAGUUGCGUGUAAACACUUUUUAAUUGUAGUUUUCUUGUCUGCAUAUUCUUCCAGACUAUUUGAAGGAGACCACCGCCAUGUCAGAGUUUGUAUUAUGUAGCUGUGUUUGAGGGCCCAGCGGUAAGCCUCUCAGCUGUGUUUUGGUUGCUAGUGGCCUCCCCUCCCCCCAGUCUUCUGGAGGCUCUUGAUUCUCCCCGAGUGUUGGACACUGUUCGCCGGGUUUCCCCUUGAUUUUUUUUUUUUUUUUAGCCUAAAGAAAAAGGCCGUGGCCUCACGUCGCAGUCCUCUGGACUCCGAAGCAGUUAAGAAGUGGAUGUAAUGGAACUGAUGUUCGCCGAGUGGGAGGAUGGGGAGAGGUUCUCCUUCGAAGACUCGGACCGGUUCGAGGAAGACUCUCUGUGCUCCUUUAUCUCAGAGGCCGAGAGCCUCUGUCAAAACUGGAGGGGGUGGAGGAAGCAGUCCGCUGGACCCAACUCACCCACUGUCAAGAUUAAAGAUGGCCAGGUGAUUCCACUGGUGGAGCUGUCAGCGAAGCAGGUAGCGUUCCACAUCCCAUUUGAGGUGGUGGAGAAGGUCUACCCCCCUGUCCCAGAACAGCUCCAGCUCCGCAUUGCCUACUGGAGCUUCCCCGAGAAUGAGGAGGACAUCAGGUUAUAUUCCUGCCUGGCUAAUGGGAGUCCAGAUGAAUUCCAACGUGGAGAGCAGCUCUACAGGAUCAGAGCUGUCAAAGACCCCCUGCAGAUUGGUUUCCAUUCUCAGUGCUUAGCAGUGGUGUCCAGUCAAGGGCCGGUCCAGUCUAAAAGGAGCCUACAAUGCUGGCCUCCAAGAGGGACCAGCUCCAAGAGUUUGCCCCCAGACCUCCAUCAUGACCGCCUCAGGGCCAAACUCACGCUGCUGGAGAAGCGCGUCUCAUUACGCCAAUCUCAAACUACCGCUGUGCGGAGCACCAGUACAGAUUUUCUCUGGAGGCUUUGCCCAGAGAAAGCUAAAUUAACACUGUAUGAUCUCUGUGUGUGUGUGUGUGUAGACCCCACAGCAGGCCCUUCAGCCUCUGACCAGAGCACCUGGUAUUUGGAUGAGUCGACCCUCAGCGACAACAUCAAAAAGACUCUGCACAAGUUCUGUGGGCCUUCACCUGUCGUCUUCAGUGAUGUAAACUCCAUGUACCUGUCAUCCACCGAGCCGCCGGCCGCCGCUGAGUGGGCGUGUCUGCUGCGACCUCUGAGGGGCCGAGAGCCAGAAGGCAUUUGGAACCUUCUGUCCAUAGUCAGGGAGAUGUUCAAGAGACGAGACAGCAACGCCGCCCCGCUGCUUGAGAUCCUCACUGAGCAGUGCCUCACCUAUGAACAGAUAAUCAGCUGGUGGUACAGUGUUAGGACUUCAGCGUCCCACAGCAGUGCCAGUGGCCACACCGGGCGCAGCAACGGCCAAUCAGAGGUUGCGGCUCACGCCUGUGCCAGCAUGUGUGACGAGAUGGUGGUUCUAUGGAGGCUGGCAGUGCUCGACCCCACUAUGAGCCCCUGCAGGCGCCUGGAACUGGCAGGUCAGCUGAAGCAGUGGCAUCUGAAAGUUAUAGAGAUAGUGAAGCGGGGACAACAUCGCAAGUCCCUGGAUAAAUUGUUCCAGGGCUUCAAGCCCGCUGUGGAGUCCUGCUAUUUCAACUGGGAGGUGGCCUACCCACUGGACGGCAUCACCUACUGCAGCGCUGAUAAGAAGAGUGCCACAUUCUGCUGGUCCAGGGCAGUGCAGCUCCAAAGAGGAGCCAAAGCUGCUGCUGCAGCAGCGGGUGGAGAACCGUCUGAACCAGGGGGAGGGGUGAGAGUCGAAGGUGGAGCAGGGGGAGAUUACAAAGGAAGAGGUGGUGGUCAUUCGUCCCAACAGGAGGUGGCAGUGCGACCCAAGGAGACCAUACUGACCAAGAGGAAGGGUCUGUCUGUGAGUGGAGGGGGAGGGAUGCUGGUCCGUCUUGGAGGGAGCGUAUCUCUGUCCCUGGAAGACGGAGGAGGGAAGUGCAUGUACAAAGGGCCGGGCUCCUCCUCUGGAGGGAAGCUGAAACUGACGCAGGGAGGUGGGAAGGGGGCAUCUGUAGGAGGUCCUGGAGGUAGUGGAGGGUUAGGAGGUAAGCAUGCCAGUGCCAAGCGGAGAACCAGCAGUGAGGACAGUUCCCUGGAGCCGGACCUGGCUGAGCUCAGCCUGGACGAUGGCUGCAGUCUAGCUCUGGGGGCUGAGGCCAGCAACACUUUUGAGUUUCUCCCCCCACCGCCAGAGAUGCUGCCCUCCCCGAGCCCCCUGCUUCGAGACUCACGCAAGUACAGCAGCAGCAGCGGUGGGAGCAAGAUGUUUGAAGCAAAGCGUGUCAGCCAUGCCUCGGCUACACUUCCUGCGGCAGAGCCUGCUCCACCUUGCUUCCCUGCCAAAGAGACAGUGGUGGUUGUUAUGGACAUGCCCAACGCUGUAGAGAAGGAAGCAGAGCUGGACGUGGAGCCUGUCCAGAGCAGGGAUGAAGACGUAGACUCAGCCGGCAGUAACCAGCCUUCCACCUCCAGCACUACGGCAAGAUCAGGUACCACUGAAACAUCCGCCAAGCUGCCACAGGGCCGCAGAGAGGCAGCACCUGCUGGGGCAGCAGCCGCAGGAGGACUAGCUAACCAAGGAGCAGAAGUGGCAGGAGAAGCUGUGGGUGAGGAUGACUAUCAGGCAUACUACCUGAAUGUUGCCUCAGAGGAGGGAGCAGACAGACAGCUGGUGGACAACCACCAGGAGGAGGAGCCAGACAUCUUCGCAGGGAUGAAACCGCUGGAGCAGGAGGGGCGCAUGGAGGUGCUGUUUGCGUGUGCCGAGGCCCUCCAUGCUCAUGGCUACAGUAACGAGGCGUGCCGGCUGGCCGUGGAGCUGGCCAGGGACCUGCUGGCCAAUCCACCCGACCUGAAAGUGGAGCAGCCACAGACAAAGGGUAAGAAGAGCAAGGUGUCGACCAGCCGUCAGACGCAGGUAGCCACCAACACGCUGUCCAAAGCCGCCUUCCUCCUCACUGUUCUCAGUGAACGACUGGAGCUUCACAACCUGGCCUUCAGCACCGGCAUGUUCUCCCUGGAACUCCAGAGACCGCCGGCGUCUACCAAAGCUCUGGAGGUAAAGCUUGCCUACCAGGAGUCGGAGGUGGUGGCUCUGUUGAAGAAGAUCCCUCUGGGCCUGGUGGAGAUGUCGGCCAUCAGAGAGAGAGCAGAACAGCUCAGAGACGGGAACUUCUGUGAUUACAGACCUGUGCUGCCUCUCAUGCUAGCCAGCUUUAUCUUUGACGUGCUGUGUACCCCAGUUGUGUCCCCAACGGGUUCCCGUCCACCAAGCCGCAACCGCAACAACGAGAUGCCCGGUGAUGAAGAGCUGGGCUUUGAGGCUGCUGUUGCUGCACUUGGUAUGAAGACCACAGUUAGUGAAGCGGAGCAUCCGCUGCUGUGUGAAGGAACAAGACGGGUGAAAGGUGACCUGGCUCUGGCUCUAAUGAUCACCUAUAAGGAUGACCAGAGCAAGCUCAAGAAGAUCCUGGACAAGUUGUUGGACAGGGAGAGUCAGACCCACAAGCCCCAAACCCUGAGCUCCUUCUACUCCAGCAAGCCGGCAGCUGGCAGCCAGCGCAGCCCGUCCAAACACACUGCCGCCAGCCACGGCGGGGUGAGCGGGGCCACUGGUGGUGUCUCCAAACACGCGCCCUCGUCUUCGUCUGCAACCACUGUGGCAGCCUCUUCUACCAGCUCUUCCUCUGCUGUAGUGCUGGCUGGCGAAGAGGUGGCUCAUCAGGCUGAACUGAACCCAGUGCAGAAUAGUUCAGCAGGAGAGAGUACUGCUGAGACCAGGGAGCAUGUAUCAGAGGGGCCUCCUUCAUCAAGUGACCAGCAGAAUGAAACAGCUCCAUUUAAGCUGGAGGCCACAGUGCCCAGUCGGCUGGCACUGGGGGCACGCUGUGGAUACAGCCAGCGCUGCUGGGGCUCACCUGUCCGGCAGAAGAAGAAACACACCGGCAUGGCGAGCAUCGACAGCAGUGCUCCAGAGACGACCUCAGACAGUUCCCCCACUCUCAGCCGGCGGCCGAUCCGGGGCGGCUGGGCAGCAACGUCUUGGGGGCGGGGCCAGGACAGCGACAGCAUCAGCAGCUCAUCAUCUGAUUCACUGGGCUCCUCCUCCUCCAGCGGCUCUCGCAGGGCAGGGGGCGGAGCCAGGGCCAAGAGCACCGACACCAGCAGGUACAAAGGGCGACGUCCCGAGUGCCAUGCCCCCCACGUGCCCAACCAGCCAUCAGAGGCUGCAGCCCAUUUUUAUUUUGAGCUAGCCAAGACGGUGCUGAUCAAAGCCGGAGGAAACUCCUCCACCUCCAUUUUCACCCAGCCCUCAGCCAGCGGUGGCCACCAGGGGCCCCACAGAAACCUGCACCUGUGUGCCUUUGAGAUUGGCCUGUAUGCUCUCGGCCUCCACAACUUCGUGUCGCCCAACUGGCUGUCCAGGACCUACUCUUCCCAUGUGUCCUGGAUCACUGGCCAGGCCAUGGAGAUCGGCAGUGCCGCCCUCAACAUUUUGGUGGAGUGUUGGGACGGUCAUCUCACCCCCCCAGAGGUGGCGUCCUUGGCCGACCGAGCGUCACGGGCCAGGGAUCCCAACAUGGUUCGAGCGGCGGCAGAGCUCGCCCUGAGCUGCCUGCCUCACGCUCACGCCCUUAACCCUAAUGAGAUCCAGAGAGCCCUGGUGCAGUGCAAAGAGCAGGACAAUGUGAUGCUGGAGAAGGCCUGCAUGGCAGUAGAGGAAGCAGCCAAGGGUGGAGGUGUGUACCCUGAGGUCCUCUUUGAGGUGGCUCACCAGUGGUACUGGCUAUAUGAGCAGUCAGUGGGUGGUGGGUCAAGCCAGCAGCGGGAGACCUCCGGGCGCUGUGGGGCCAACGGGGGUUCGGGCAGGAGGCCCCCGGAGUCUAGCUGCGUCGUCCUCGACGGUGGAGCCAACAUGGAGUCUGCAGGAAUGGCGACAGUCACAGCCUCAGUCACUGCAGCGGCCGUCGUACCCGUCAUAUCCGUGGGCUCCACAAUCUACCAGUCCCAUGCCAUGCCUGGACAGGCCAUGGCUCACCCCCACAGCCAGGGCCUACACCCUUAUACCACAAUUCAGGCCCAUCUCCCCACGGUCUGCACCCCGCAGUACCUGGGACACCCUCUGCAGCACGUCCCCCGACCCACUGUCUUCCCUGUGUCUGGGGCUGCAUAUCCACAGGGAAUGCACCCAGCCUUUAUCGGUGCCCAGUACCCAUUUUCAGUGGCUGCUGGCCCCCAGCCACCUAUGGCAGCCACAGCUGUGACCUUCCCUGGUGUCCCUGUACCGUCCAUGACUCAGAUCGCCGUCCAUCCCUACCACACUGAGACUGGCCUGCCCCUCAGCACCACUGUAGCAGCAAGAUUAGUAACCGACUACUUGACUACUCUGACGAAACGCUUUGAGAACCUGGUUCUCCAGCACAUAGAGAACAACAUGCCAGCCGGACCCUCACCAGUGUCUUUUUCUGGGAUGUCCAGGCAGGGUGGCCUGAGGGGGUUCAGCCCCGAAGCGCAGGCCACCAACACAGACACUCCCACUGCUGAGAGACUACACAAGCAUCUACAGACGGACACAUCCAAAUGUAAAGACACCUGCACCGCUGCUUGA